AUUUCACUUAGCUCUUUAAUUUAUAUCAAUGGCUUUGAAAUCUAUGAUCGUUUUGGUGGCCCUUUUAGUAGCAGCAUCACAAGCUGAAGCUCAAAUUCCGGGACUUUCUGGUCUCCUCGGCAUAAUAAGCAUCAACGGAACCAUCUUCUGCUCUACUAAUGGAAACAUCAUUCCUAAUGCUGCCACCCCUACACCUCCAUUUUCAAAUGCUCUAGUCCAAGUAACAUGUGGUGGCAAUGUGAUAGCGUCAGCCAUAACAAAUGGAUUAGGAGGAUUUAACAUCGUACUGAAUCCCCUUAGGUUUCUUCUCACUAGUAUUCUAUCCUCUUGCAACGUUGUUGUCGCUUCACCACUUUCCAGUUGUAACUCAAGCCUACCAUCAACUGGAUUUCUACAAGCACCACUGCAAUUGAUUGGGAAUACUGUUCGUGGCCUUUUGAGUGUUGUCACCUUGAUUCCCUCACUAUUCCAGCUUAUUAAUGUUUGAUGUAUGGAUGAUUAAUCCAACAUACCUUAUUUAUAAGUUUAUAACUAUAAUAAUGUAUGAAUAAAAGAAGAUGUAAGCCUGUAAGGUAUCUCUUCAUGUUUCAAAGGUUUGUAAUAUAUAGUAUGUAUUUUUUAAAUAGUGACUAAAUUAAAUAUUAUGUGAAAGAGG